UCGUCGCUUUCUCUCCCUCUCCCUCCGCGCGGGCAGGGUUUAGGGUUUAGGACCCACCAUCUCCUUCGAUCCCUCCGGCGCCGUCACGUCGAACAAUUCCUGAGAAGCAGGUCAAGAAGUUGAAGCCGAGGUUUUGUGAGGAAAUUGAAUAAGACAGGCUGCAAUGUCGGAAACAGAGAGGGAAUUGCCUUAUGUGCCGGAUGAGUGGUCUGAGGCUGUGAAUUCUAUCGCCAACAGUUCCAUAAUGUCGGCAGUGCCACCUGUAGCCCUGGUCUGUGGCCCGAAAAAUAGCGGCAAAAGCACCUUUUCCCGUGUCCUUGUUGAAGUUCUUCUCCAGAGGUACAAAAAAAUAGCUUAUCUGGACACGGAUGUCGGCCAGCCUGAAUUCACUGCCCCUGGUUUUAUUUCUCUCACAGUAUUGGAUAAAUCAAUUCUAGACUCAGAUAUGUCCAUUCCAUGUGUAAAGACUCCUGACAGAUGUUUUUUCUUCGGUGAUCUUUCUCCUAAGAGGGAUCCGAAAGCAUAUCUAAGGUAUAUAUUUACCCUAUAUGAUUACUACCAGUUACACUUCUCCCAGUCUAACGAGAGCAAAACUGGGUUGCCGCUCGUUGUUAAUACACCAGGCUGGGUAAAAGGUAUAGGAUAUGAUAUGUUGGUGGACAUGCUGAGAUAUGUUUCUCCCACCCAUGUUGUGAAGGUCAACAUAUCUGCCGAGACCAAGAACCUCCCAGCUGGGUUGUUCUGGUUAGAUGGUAACCAGGAGGAGACUAUUAAUCUAAUGGAGAUUGGAUCAGCUUACCGAGACAGUUUCAAUCGAUCUGUUUUAAUACAAAAAGAUACCCGUCUCAUGCGGGAUAUGCGGAUAAUCGCUUACUUCAAACAGUGCAUCAGAGAUAAGGAAGUCGGCACAAUCAAAGAACUCGCCCAUGAACUUGCUUCUCAUACCCCUUAUGAAGUCCCAAUCUCGAGCAUAAAAAUCGAGCAUCUUCAUUUUCAGAUUCCAAGCUCUGAAGUCUUGUAUAGUCUGAACGCAACUAUUGUCGGCUUGGGCGUUAGUUCUGAUGUGUUUGAAGAUUUGCCUCCGUGUGUGGGUCUUGGGUUGGUUAGAGGUAUUGACAUGGAGAAAGGCGUCUUGUAUGUUAUCACCCCCGUCGCCGAACACAUCCUCCAGAAAGUUGAUCUUAUCCUGCAGGGUUGUAUUCAAAUACCCACUUGCUUAUUAGAGGUGAGAGAAUACAGAUCUCCCUACAUUUCUACAAAUGUCUUGGCCGUAAGCUGAUGGACUCAGGGGGCUUCUCUCAUUCGUCACUUCGGCUCUGUUUCUUUUGGUUUUUGCCCCAUCUUUGUUAGGUUCUCUGAUGAUCUUUAAACUAUUCAUGCACGUGUUUAUAUUCAUAACUCAUAGGAUUUGUUCACAUUAAAUUGGCAAUGAAUAGUGAUCAGAAUUGCAUGUUGCA